GGCUCGGAGGCGCGCCGAGCGGCGGCGACAUGCGGUUCCGCUUCUGCGGGGACCUGGACUGCCCCGACUGGGUCUUAGCCGAGAUCAGCACCCUGGCCAAAAUCUCCUCGGUGAAGCUGAAGCUGAUCUGCGCCCAGGUGCUGCGGGACCUGCUGGGGGAUGCCAUCGAGUAUGAGAAGAUCUUGAAGCUGACCUCGGAUGCCAAGUUAGAGUCGGGGGAUGUGAAGGCGACCAUCGCUGUCCUCAGCUUCAUCCUCUCCAGUGCAGCCAAGCACAACGUGGACAGUGAGUCCCUGUCGAGCGAGCUGCAGCAGCUGGGGCUGCCCAAAGAGCAUGCCAGUGGGUUGUGCCGGUCCUACGAGGAGAAGCAGAGCUCCCUCCAGGACAGGCUGAAGGCCUGCAGCCUGAGACUGAGCCGGCUGGGCUCGGUGGGCUGGCGGGUGGAUUACACCCUCAGCUCCAGCGAGCUGCAGGAGGUCAACGAGCCCCUUGUGCACCUGACCUUCAAUGUGCAGAACGGGGAGCAUGGGCGGCCAGCAGCUGUCCCGGUGACCCUGUCAGCUGACAAGUUCCACGUGCUGCUGGCAGAGCUGAAGCAGGCCCAGACCCUCAUGAACACCCUCCUCUGAGAAAGCAGGGUGAUGGCAGGAAGCACCAACGGUGGAUGGCAGGACAGAACCAGGCCCCGGUGGGGAGGGGGAAGGCAGGGGCAGCUCUCCUCAGGCGUGGUGAGGCUGUCCCGCGGCAGAAAGCUCUAAUAAAGGCAAC